AGCACAUAAACAAAUCGACAGACGCUCCAUCUCUCUCUCUAUUGAUCGACGCUCUGGUCUGAUAAUUUCUCUUAAAAUCAGGGUGGGUUCUUCUUCUUCUCUGGCUAGGGUUUCUCCUUCUUCCUGAAUUAUCGUUUAUUCUUCUUCUCACUCAGGAUUAUCCAAAUGUCUGACAACAUACCAUUCGAAAUCCAAGUGGAAAUCCUCAAAAGGCUUCCUGUCAAGUUGUUGAUUCAAUUCCGGUCCGUCUCCAAGACAUGGAGGUCUUUGAUCGAUGGCUCUAGUUUUAUUGCUGAAUAUGCCCGCCAACACACAGAGACACAACAUAUACUUUUACGGUAUCGAGAUUAUCAACCUAAUUACGAACUAAGGUAUGUUUCCAUUGUUGAUGACGAAACCUUCCCUGGAAAUAAAGUUUCCCUUACUCAUCCCGUAUUGCGUCAAAUGUGCAAACAUUAUAGCAUAAUUGGCUAUUCUCACGGCUUGUUUUGUUUCUACCAUGAGGCUCAAGUGGUCUGUAAUGGCCACAGUUUUGGAACGGGCAGGGUUGUUCUUUGGAAUCCGUCUAUUAGAAAAUCGGUUGAUGCUGUUGUGUCUAAUGUGGCAGAUGGGGUCACAUAUGAGACCGUAUUAAAUUUUGGGGUUUGUCGUGAGACUAAUGACCCUAAGAUUGUCAAGAUCACACAUCUUAUUUGGUGGGGCAAUAUAGAAAGUGCAAGUCACAUCCCUUGGCAAGUUGAGGUCUAUACAUUAAGCACAGGGGCUUGGAGAAGUCUAAGUGGCAAUCUCCCUCGUAAACGGAUUCACUUUGAUUUUUCUCCAGAAUUUGAUAAUUGUUACUCGGUAGACAUGGGUGGGGUUCUUUAUUGGUUAGCUGUUGAUUGGGAUAGCAUGGAUGGCGAGUCUUGUAAUCUGAUUAUUUCAUUUGAUAUGACAAGUGAAGAAUUUGGAGAAGUAAACCUCCCAAACGGGUUAGCACACUCCCCAGAUGGACAUUGUUUGCGUGUGUCUAAACUAGGGGAAUCUCUUGUUGUGUUUGAAGAGGCCGACCAAAUGGUGUACAAUGUAUGGAUGAUGGAGGGUGAUGUUUCAAAAUCAUUUACAAAGCGAUUCACUUUGAAUGUUAACGCAUUACAUCACCCACAAGCGAUCCUGGGAUUUAGAAAGAGUGGUGAACCUAUAAUUGAAAUGUUAGAAAAUGAAAAUGAUUUUGAACCAGGACGAGUUGCUGUUUAUGAGCCCCACUCCAAGCACAUGUAUAAUCUUGGGUUUGAUGGAAUGUCGUCGACAUUUUUUGUGUAUCCCUACAUGGAAACACUAUUAUUGCUUGAUCAGCCGAAUCUUACAAUUCACAAUGAACCGGAAACUCUUAACGUUCAGGAUGAUUUGGUCGCGUAAGAUCCUGCAAAGUGAGAAGUUAUAUGCAGAUAAGCUACAACAACGACAAAGUUUGAAUAUAUGGUCAACCUUGACCUGGCGGAAGUCAAAGGCUAUUUCUUUUGUGAUAUGGGUCAGCUAGCUACAUUGUGUAGUUUCAUAAAAAAUGUUGGGACAUGCUCGCUCUGAUACUGUAAUUUCGAGCCCUAUUUAUUAUGGGGUUUCUGGUAAUUUGGAUGAGACUAUGACUGCAGUUGUUUUUUUUUUUUUUUUUUUGAAAGGUGGAGAGUCUACUUUGGUUGUGAGAGCAACUCCCACACCCCACAAACCGGGGGGCCCUAGCCAAGUCUGCCCAGACUACUGAGCCCGCGCUGGUAAUCAGACUUGGUUACGGCUUUCCCCCGGAAACCGUUCUGCCUCCACACGAGAAGCCUCGUUAGAGUAACAGCCGGAUGAAAACCGGGGGCGGGCUCAGGCUCAGGCCCACGGUCCUUUGUGUCCACGGGACUCCUCGCCCUCAUUGCCCUUACCCCCAAAUGCAACAGGUGGGGAUCGAACCCGGGUCUCUAAGGAAACCCAAAGUUCUUUCCACCACUCCACUACAAGUGGGGGAUUCUAACACGGGACUGCAGUUGUUACUGAUAUUGAUUCUAACACUCAUUUUAAGGGGCAUAACGACCAUAUUUUGGCUGCGGUUGCUAAUUUCAUUAAUAGUAAUUCUCUUGAUAAUUAAUGUUA